AAAAUCCAACAUGGCUGGAGCUCAGUUUGAAUAUGAUGAAAAAGGAACAACCUUUUAUUACUUUAUCCUUUGUUUUUGCGCUUUAAUUUUACUGCCGUUAUCUUACCUCGCAUUCGUACUAAACUCUGAAAAAGAAAAAGAGAAGGAUCAGUCUAGAGUGUGUCAUUGUGAAAAAUGUAAUGAAAAGAGAGUGAAGAAGUCAAAACAAAAACCUAAAACAACAUUUCUACGUAUUGCAAGUCGUAUUGUUGUCGUCAUCCUGUGGAUAGCCUUGCUUUAUGGUGUAUAUCGUGUGUCACAAUUUGAGCGAGAUUUCAUUGAAUAUGAUCCUUUUUCUGUGUUAGAGAUAGACAAGGGUGCAAGCGCUGCAGAAAUCAAACGUCAAUACCGCAGGCUCAGUAUGAUCUACCAUCCCGAUAAAGAAAGUGGGGACGAGAGAAAAUUUAUGAGAAUUGCCAAAGCUUACGAGGCACUAACAAACGAAGAAUCUAGGAAAAACUGGGAGGAACAUGGCAAUCCUGAUGGACCGCAAGCAACAACAUUUGGUAUUGCGUUGCCAUCGUGGAUUGUCAGUGAAGAGAACUCGCUAUUGGUUCUUGGUGCUUAUAUUUUUGCCUUCAUGAUCGUCCUUCCCGUUGUUGUGGGUACCUGGUGGUAUCGUUCCAUCAAAUACGGCAAUGAUCAGGUUCUAAUGGACACCACAAAAGUCUAUUUUCAUUUCUUCUCAAAGACACCUUGUAUGCCUCUGAAAAGAGUGAUCAUGGUCUUUUCUGGCUCGAUGGAAUUUGAGAAACGAUACAAUCAAGAAGUCCAGGAACGACCCAGUGACAAUGUCGAACUUCCGAAAUUACUUCACGAGCUCAAGACAGUGAACGAGAAUACUAAAGAAAGUCCAUUUAAUUAUGCAUUCAGCGUGAAAAGCCGAACCCUCAUACUAUCUCACAUUGAGAGAUUACCACUUCCCGAAGAUACGUUACAAAAAGAUUUGGAGUUGAUCUUAAAGAAAUCGCCAUUACUUAUUCAAGAGAUGGUCAACUGUAUAUCUCAGUUGUAUUAUUAUCACAAAGCAGAUGCUGGUGUUGCAAAGGCCCCGCAUUUGGACACCCUGGAGAAUGUGAUAAAGUUCAGCCAAAUACUAACGCAAGCGACCAGUUACACGAAAUCACCGCUUCUUCAAUUACCACACAUUUUACCCGAGCAUCUGCGCUAUUUCGCAUCAAAAAAGAGAAAUGUAAGAAACGUCUCAGAACUUUUGAAAAUGAAGAAAAGUGACAGAAAGGACAUGUUGAGAUUUCUCAGUGAUGAACAGUAUAGGGAUGUUAUGGUUGUUGCAGAAAUGUUUCCACAUAUUGAAAUGAAUGUCAAACCUCAUGUAAUGGAUGAUGAAGACGAGGGUGUCAUCACGGCUGGAGCAGUCGUUACUGUCGAUGUUCAAUUAACAAGAAGCUCACUCAAGGAAGUGUGUUGUGAUGGCGAGGACGAGGAAGAUGAAAACCCAAUCGACGAGCUUCCGCCAGAAGAAGACCAUGUCGAGGAAGUAAAGAAUGUAACUAAGAACAAGGUUUGGCAAAAAACAAAGAGGAAACCCAAGAAAACGAAGCCGGUGAAACAACAGCCGAAGAAGAAGCCCGUUAAACAAGCUGCAAAACAAAAGGACGAAUCUCAGAGCAAAGAUGAAGAGAGCAAGACUGACGGAGGAAGAGACGAGGCAAAGAGAGAAAGAAACGAACUACGGCAGAGAAGCCCUGGGAAAAGGGCGAAUAGAAAGAAAUCCGAAGAUCUUGAAGACAAUGAUAAUAUAGAGGAUACUGAUGAUAUCGAUCGCGAUAAUGAUGAAGAUCAUUCCGAUAUUGAUGAUAACAGUGAUGAUAAUGCAAGUGUUUCUGGGGGAAGUAUCAGCGACAGUGAAGCUGAUUACGAUGAUGAUAUUGAGUGGCAGAGAAUGCAGGAAGGUGUGGAAAAAAUGGAGAAAGUUCUGGACAACAAGCCCAAGACAAGCCAUGACGUGCAUGCUCCGUAUUUCCCUGAUGAUAAGCAAGAAUGGUGGUGGGUCUACAUCACUGACAAGAGAAGGCAGGAGAUAGUGGCUGUACCCACGCAAGUCAACAACUUACAAGACACUGAAACAGUAAAAUUACAGUUUCAAGCUCCGGUAAAAUGCGGCCAUUAUUCCUAUAUAGCAAUAGUAAGAUCUGACUCGUAUAUGGAAGUUGACGUUUCUAAGGUCUUCAAGAUUGAUGUGCAAGAAGCGAAGGAAAUUGAGACUAAACAAUGGGACUUUGAUACGGAUGAAGACGAAGAUAAGGAUAAUGAGAGUGGUGAGAGUGAGUGGGACGAGGAGGAGAGUGAUUGACACUGGGGAGGGGGGUGACAAGGGGGUGGGGGGAGAUUUUAUAUGCAGGGUGGUUCGGGGGAGGCCAUCCUCGAUACAUUCAGGAACGAAGUCAUUGAAUCAGUGAGAAUGAAGACGUGAGUGAGAUAAGGACACUCAGUGGGGUGGGGUGGGGUGUUAAAUUCCACGUGACUGGCACGAGGUGCUUGAUAUAUACAGCAAUCCAGUGAUUUAUAGUCCCACGGAUAUUUCUUUCCAAAUUGGUUUAAUUGAGAUUAGGUUCAAUUUUGCGAACACAUUUCCACUAAUUCCGCCCAAACUAGGUAAGCCAUUUCGAAAAUCAGUUUAUUAGAAAAUGUAGUCGUUGUCUUAGUAACCGUAUGUAUGUUAUGUUUGCCAGAGCCAUUUGCGAAAAAAUACAGAAAAUCCAAACAUUUUACUCAGUCGUUUGCAAGUUUAUAAACUUUCGUCAAUCAAUCUGUCUCGCGUGUGGUAUGCGAGGGAAUCGUGAUCUAAAAAGCGUUUAAAUUUGCGUUGUCUCAACAAUUUCGAAAUGGAAAUUUUUGGGGUUUUUUAAGCACGUCGAACUACAACAACUAGAAUUGACUUAUUUACAUCGCAGAACGCUCUCGCUUUACUAAAAUUAAUUAAGAAACCAUCCAUGACCCAGAACUGAGUUGCGGUUCACUGGU